AUGACACGUUUACCGUCAUUCUCCGUUACCUCCUAUGUUAAAAGUAACGUCGACAGAUAUGAGUUAUCUUUGUCAUCAUGCGGACAUCAGUCGCAGAAACAUCAACGAGGACGCCGCCGACGAAGAAUACGCAGCAGCAACAAUAAUAAUAGCGUAUCACUACGAUUACUCCUUCCUAUAUUCAUCCUGCUAUGCGCCCUGAUUCAUUUCCCAAAUCCUGUUCAUGGAGAAUACGACGUGAGCGAAGAGCAGCUAGCCAGGAUCCCGUAUCGCUUUGCUUCAGCAAGCUUUUCGCACGCUGGUGUGGUAUAUAGCUAUGGCGGAGCAACACGUAACUCGAGUGCAUCUACGCUGUUCACAUCCAUAUCCUUUGAUCCACACAAUGGUCAAGUCAUCUAUGCCGAUGUGCCACAACCCAACUGGAGCCCGAGUACAGCCUAUAGCCAAGCUGUAUUACUUCCGGACAAAAACCGGGUGUUGUUAUUCGGCGGCUGUAAUUACACCUCCAGUGUAGGAACGGCAGCAGCAGCAACAACAACACCAUCAUCGUCCAUCAAUGACAACAAUAGUACUAUUACAAUGACCCAUGAUAGUCAUACCACAGCAAUACGAUUGUACGAAUAUCGAUUUGAUACUCAUAAUUGGACUACCUUACCCAUUCAAAUCACAGGUGGAAGAGGCGAUUCUUCUACUACGCUGCUGCCAAGUAAUCGGAAAGACUUUACUGCGACGCUUUCUCCAAUUAAUGGGAAAAUAUACAUCUAUGGAGGCCAAGAUAUUUAUUAUCAGGCGUCAGCAGCCACACAAGGGCGCGAAGGCAUAGAAAAAGGCGUUUCCUUAAUUAAUGACAAUUGGGUGUAUGAUCCGGAAACGAACAUGUUCACUCAACUCCCGCCUGUUCCAGGUCAACCCGAUUCCAUUCUUUACGGUCAUUCAGCCGUAGCACUUGAUAACGGCAUCAUUGUUCAUCUCAUGGGUAACGGCUACUAUGGUACCGGGUACUAUGACAGCAGUCAAAAUGCUACAAUGUGUGAUCGUGCACUGUUGCUUGACACCAAUACAGACACGUGGUCUCUCCAGCCAUUGAUUGGAAGCUCACCACAGCAAAUUAUCAAUGGCUUUGCAGUGCUUGGACCCGAUCGGAAAAACAUCUAUAUCAGUGGAGGAUUCGGCGCUAGUCGAACAUUACAAAACAUCAGCGUAUCAUCAAACGAUCUGAAUGCUUUGGACACAUCUACAUGGUCUUGGGUACCAUUGGAUCAACAGACAGUCGGAGACCCUCCGAAACCGCGCUUUUACACGUGUGCAGAGUUGCUUCACGAUGCAUACGUGGUGGUUGCUUUCGGUGUAUCUGAAUAUUUUUGGUACAAUGACAUUAAUGUACUCAGGUUUUACACUUUUGAAAAUGGGUCCCUUGGCACUGAAUGGACGGCAAACCUUGAUUAUCCAGCACAAAUGGCAGAGAUCGGAUCCUCUUCGAAUACGUCACUCAGUAUAGAAACAAAAAUGGCCAUUGCCGUCGGUGUUUUAGCUGCAGUGGUUGUCACUGUAGCGUAUGUAUCUUGGUAUCACCGAGAUAGUGCCAAAGUGAUGCUAGGACGAUCUUAUCGCUGUCUUAUAUGGACUUCCAGCAGAGCCGGCGAACCGAUGUGGACAGGCUUGGCACACAUAUUGUCCAAAACAAUCCUUGCAUGUAUAUUCUUGGCAUAUCUUGUUUACACUAUUUUCCAAGUGGCCAAUAGUUCGGUUGCAACUCUUACAAUCCAAGAGCCAAUACGAAGUGUAAGCGUACCCGAUAUCCGGUUCUGCUUUGAUGGAUGGACAAAUCCAAGUCUUGGAUGUCAGACGGAAACACUCUCGAUCGAUGACUGUGUCUCAUUAGACUAUAUUUCUCCUCUCGACAUGGGUAUCCACCAACCUUACUUUGGCUAUACUGGCACGGUUGAUUGUUACCUCUUCCAUCCACGUAAGAGUUUUCAAUUAAGCGGUACACCGAACGCGCCGUUUUACAAUGGGUCCAGAAUCCAAUUCAGCUUCUAUGGUACUGCACACCAUGUCGACACUCCAGGAUUGAUUCACAUUACGCUGUAUCCGCCUGGCAUGGACCCCAACCUGGCAUAUUAUUUUAAAAAGUCCCAAUACGGCUACGAUUAUGACACCUCAGCGCUCGACGACUGGCUCUACGACGAAAGCAACAACUUGGUGUCUGAGAACACUUAUACAGUGGAAGCCAAUACGUCUUCUGCUGUUAGUUACCAGAUCACUAUCCAUCAGUAUCUUCAAGAAAGCGCAUGGAACAAUUUUGGUAUUUGGUAUGCUUAUAAUGCAACGCCAUCUAUCAAAACACAAUCGUUGCAAGGUGGCCGCUCAGCAACGCCACGUCCGCUCAAUAUGACCGGCAACAAUUUCUUGGACGUUUAUCCGUCCAGUUAUACAUCAGUGAGCUUGCUCGAUCAGAGGAUUUAUACCAUCUUGUCUAGCAUCGGUCCUUGCGGUGGUCUGUUGGCAUUAUUGAUUACACUGAACUCGUGGAUUUUUGGCGCUCGGCCUCGUUCGCCCUGGGGUAUCAUCCAUCGGAUUCUAUGGACCGACAGAAGCCGCAACUCGUUACUUCGGGGGCUCCGGGAAAAGUUCGGUGGCGUUGCAGCAGCUGGCAACAUUCCAUUUAUUAACCCGGUUGACAAGCGGGUUCUGACCAGCCAAGAAGCCGAUUGGCACGAUAUUGUAAUGACUAGCAGCAACUAUCGACGUCGACGCUGGCUUAAACGACGACAGAAGCAUCAACAGCAGCAGAAUAAAAAAGAUGAUUUAAAGGAGCAACGAGCAAUGACGACAGCACAAGAUAUAGAGCAUCAAAAGCAAAAGAACAACAGUACCUUAAAGGUGCCGUAUGAUCAGCAUCAUCAAAUCAGCGAAAAGCCCAGCUUCGGUACAUUUGUAGCCCUUUCUCACAGGAACAGCAAUUAUCAAUCACAGUCUACUACUUUGGAUGACGCAAUACAAAAGAUUGAGCAACUGCAACGGCGAGUGCAACUCACAGAGUUGCUGCUCAAGACAUAUUACAUUGACGACGAAGUUUUCCGGGGGCUACACAUUGCACUCGCACAACAAGAGCAGCUGCAGCAAGAGCAGCAAGACAGAUCAGCAAGUGAUAGCUCAUCAAUACUAUCUUCUGCUUCGACAUCGCGUCGACAUGACCCUGGUACUGCUACCACCGCUACGAUUGCCGCUACUGCUGGUACGAUGACGGAGAACAGCUACAAUGACGAUUGCAGCGAGCAUCAAUGCGAUAAGAGUCCUACAUCUGCAUCACCCGAGUUUGAUCUAGCAGAAACGCCACCAGGAACACCAACUACGCCACCUCCUGCUUUUAAUCAACAUAGUAGCCUUUUCAGCACCAGUACAAAUUCAUACGCGUCGUCAUCCCGUGAUCCACCACCACCACGAUUUUCUUCAGAAAUUCGAGCUUCACAACUGCCGCCAUUUUAUACAUGA